AUGUCGUACAAUCCGCGCAUGAGCACUAUGCGCACCACGUCACACAAUCAGCGCCCGCCAGCGGCCGUCGAGCAAGAUACUUUCAUGAAUCUGCCCGAUGCAGAGAUCGCCGGUUGCAUCACAGAUAUUGGCAUCAACUUCAGCGUCGCAGACCUCCAGAAACCCAACCCGCAAAUCAUCCAGAAGGUGUUUGAAUGGCUAGCCGAGCUGUUGAUGAACACAACACGCGAGGUUGUUGCGCCAGCGAUGCGUGCCGCUGCAGAAGACUUGUGCGGAGACGACGCAGAAAGGCUUUACACAAGCGAUACGCGAGACCUGAUGGCCUUCUUCGUGAUAUUAAGGAAGCUACUGCGCGAGUGCGGUAUCCAUGACUUCACUUUCAACGACCUCUAUAAGCCGACACACGGGCGUCUUAUCAAGAUCCUUUCUUACAUGAUCAAUUUCAUUCGCUUCCGUGAAUCACAAACCGAGGUCAUCGACGAGCACUUCAACAAAGCAGAGCGCACUAAGCUUCGAAUCGAGCAGCUAUACGACGACAAGCAAGCAAAAGAGCAGCAGCUCGCCGAUCUGGAGCGCAACCGCGCAGCCACCCAAAGGCUCAUGCAAGAGAAGGAGAAGCGCAACAACGAGCUGAAGAACAGGCUUCUGGAGCUCAAGCGGGGUCAGGAGGCGGUUGCAGAAAAGCUUGAGCGAGCACGGGCUGAGCAAAGCCGACUCAAGGAGCUGCUGCAACACAAAGUGGAGAACAAAGAGAAUGUUCAACGUGAAGUGCUAAAGUUAAGACCGUAUACACAGCAGAGCCCUACAGCGCUAGAGGACUCGCUGCGCGAUUCCAACGACCGCCUCGGAGCUGACAAAACACAAAUCGACUCAUUGGACCGUCGUGCUCGCGCUCUGCAGACUUCAACUGAUUCGUUCGGCGUCGUAGCGAGCGAUGUUACUUCCUGUACCCGCCUGCUGACGGAUGUCCAAGCCGAUCUUACGAAGGAAGAAGAAGAAUUGUCAAAAGCAGCGAGACAUAGAGACGCACUCGCAGAUCGAAGCAACAACGUCCGCGAUGUCGAACGGCAAGAAAGACUACUCCAGAAGCAAUUGGGCAACGUCAACGCGCGGACAGGGAAGUUGAAGAACAAGGCAGACGAAGAAGCAGAGCGUGCUCGCCAGCGGAUGGAAGAACUAAAGGAUACACACAGCAAGUUGGCGGAAGAGAGGGGCGAAAAGGGCCGCGAGAUGGAGCGGCGACGGGUCCGCAUCGAGCAGACAGAGAAGAAGAUGGCCGAACUCAAGGACAACAUCGAGAACGAAGUGCAUGCCGCCCACGACGAGUAUCUGAAGAUGGAGAGUCAUAUCAAACUCUACAUCACCGAGAUGGAGCAGAGCAUUUGA